AAAAAAAAAACAAAACCUAGCAAUACACACCAAACAAAAGCAUGUGCAGACCUUCCACUGCUUCUCUGUACUGGCAGAUGGACUGGGGACAGUAAAACAAGGGGAGGAUCAGAGAAGACAGGAUUAUAUAGCCUUUAUACAAAAUGCGGAGGAUUAACAGGUUCCUCACUGAGUAUAACAAGCAUGCUUUACUGUACACGGGCUAACUGACAACUCAUGGGGCCCCCGGGCAAUAGGGGAUCAUGGGGCCCGUGUCCUUGCCCAAACUGAAAAGCCUAU